UGUACAAAGUUCAUAAUUAAAGCAAGCAGUAUUAAUUUUCUUGGGCUGUAUGUGAGAAUCAAAGUGCGCCGCGGGAUGAUAAGGCGUCCUUAUCACGAUUUACGGAACGAAUCGUUCCAGCACCUUGUAUGUGCAAUUCAUCGCAGUAUUGUAUUUACACUAGUUUACCAGCAAUAAAUUUGUUAAGACCUAGCACAAAGGUCACCGACAAGAGCAAAGUCAGAUAACAGGAGCUUAUAAAAUCAUUAUGUGGUUUAUAUUAUUUUUUUAAUUAAACCCCCGAAAACCAGCGUUAUGCAGUCGGUCGAGGCAAGCAUCAAUUAUAGCUUUAUAAGCAGUACGUUUUUGUUGUGUGCAUUAUAACAUCCCACACUGGGCCACACACAUUUUCCGUCAUGGACAGCCAAGAUGAAGUGGGAUCGAGGAUUAGUUCAAUAAGUGUCAGCGAGAAAUCCAGCAUUUCCACCAAUGACACGGAAUGUGGACGACUGUUUGAAACACUGCUGGAGAAUAUCGGCGGAAUAGGAAGAUACCAAAAGCUGCUCAUGGCUUUUGCCGUACUGCCUUCAUUCUUCGCGUUGUCGUUUAUUCAAUCCACCUGGUUAUUUGUAACUGCUUCGCCUCAGCAGCACUGGUGCCGAACUGGGAUAGAACUGAAUUUCACAAAAACCGAGCAGCAUUUACUCUUGCCACCAGAAGACACAUCCUGUUUAGCUUAUGAUUUCAACUACAGCAGUAUAUUAGAACAAAAUCUAACCGCCAGUGAAUACAUGGAUAAAUGGAACACUGUCAAGCAUAAUCUUACCACUACUGCGUGUCGCAAUGGCUGGAAUUACGACUAUGAGAACGGUCAGAUGGGCAUUGCGGAAGAAUGGGAUUUGGUGUGCGAACAGAGCUUUCUUCCCACCUUGGCGUACACCGUUUCCGGUGUGGGCGGCACUCUGGGAAUUUUGGUUGGCGGUUUCAUGGCAGACACAUAUGGACGCAAAAAAUCGUAUUUUGUUUUCUUCUUCAUCUUGCUGUCUUUUGGCAUUGCUGCAGCUUUCUCUCCAAAUUACACCGUUUUUAUCGUUUUAAUCACUCUGCAAACCGUGGCAACUAAUCCGUUGUAUUCCAUUCCGUACACUCUGGGCAUCGAGCUCAUAACACCGAAAUUUCGGGCAACCUUCUCCGUUCUGCUGACCAUCUGCUUUACGGCCGGCCGAAUUGGUUUCACCGGUGUCGCAUACCUUCUCCGCAAUUGGCGAAUCCUUGUCUUGGUAUCCACAUCUCCGUUCUGUUUGUUUUUUCUGUACUGGUUCUGCUUACCGGAGUCUCCGCGCUGGUUAUUUGCUAAUCGCCGACAUGAAGAAGCCAAACACCUACUGAAACGCAUCGCUAAUGUGAAUCGGCGUCAUUUCGAUGAGCAUAACGAAGACCUGUACCGUGAGCUAACCGUACACUACGAUACGGCACGGCGUGUGAAGAAGAAGGAAACAUCGUGGGUGGAUUUAUUGCGCGGUGCCAACACGCGCCGGAAGUUGUUGCUGCAAAUGUAUUUGAGCUGUAAUGUGGCCGUGUGUUAUGUCGGAUUGAACUUUUAUGCACCGUCUCUGGCAGAGGAUCCCUAUCUGGGCUUCUUCCUGUCCAGUGUGAUUGAACUUCCUGGUUCAUUGUUGACGGAAGUUAUUGCUGAUCGCCUAGGACGCCGAUUGACCAUUAUCAGCUGCCUCACACUGGGAUGCGCUGCGUGUUUAGGUACGGCAGCACUGCCGGUGGGAGGCGACACAUACGCCAUGCAGUUUCUCACCGUUUUCCUGUUGGCCAAAUUGUUUAUGACAAGCGCGUACACGGUGCAGGAGCUUAUGAUAUACGAAGCCUUCCCAACGGAAGUUCGCACCAAGGGCGUGGCGGUCACAACCAUUGUUUCUUAUAUAAUUUCCAGCUUCGGACCGCUAAUAACUCAUUUCCGUGGCACUAGCUUGGCGUUACCGAUGUUAAUCUUUGGUGGGUUAACCGUUGGUGGUAUUGUUUGUGUGUUUUUUCUACCGGAAACGCUAAACUGUCCGCUACCAGAAACCAUCGAAGAGUCUGAAAAAUUUGGAAAAAAUUUACGCUGGAAAGAUAUGUGGCGGUUUUUACCAGUUACGAAGAAAAUAAAAAUUACCAGCGUGUUAAAGUAAAAGGUGGUGGUGAAAUACGAUGUUAAACAAUGAUCAAUAGGUACAGCGACAUCUUGUCCGGUAGUGUGCGAAGUAUA